CUUGUACUUCUCUUUCUUCUCGAUUCUUUGCGACUGUGAUGACUUCGAGAAUUGCUAGUGAACGCAAUCAGAAGCUCGUUGGGGAGCUGGCGCUCCUUCCUGGGAAUGACAUCUGUGCUGACUGUAAGGCUCGCAAUCCUCGAUGGACAUCGCACAAUCUGGGUAUAUUCCUCUGCGUGAAUUGUGCGAGCAUUCACCGAAAGAUCGGCACUCACAUUACGAAAGUUAAGAGCUUAACGAUGGACUCGUGGACGAAAGAGCAAGUCGAGAAUAUGAAAAACAUGGGCAACGUCAAGUCGAAUGCGAUCUUUAAUCCUAAUGAGAUACGCCAUCCACCUCCUCCUAGUCUGAUGGAUCCGGAGAGAGACAGCGAGCUUGAGCAGUACAUCCGAUCAAAGUACGAAUAUAAACGAUUUUUGGACAAGUCUGCUCUUGUCGCGUCCAAGCUCGGUCCGUCACGUUCGGCACGGUCUAUUUCGCCGCGCCCACAGACGACACCGCUGGAGAAGCCGUCCCCGACACCGCCGAAUGUCAGCCGUCCGUCUACCGCUGCCCUUCCCCAGCAAUCCCGGUCUGCUUCUCAGCCUAUGAUCUCUACAGUGCAAACGCGACCUGUAGUUCAGCCACAGCAGCAGCAGCAGCAGCAGCAACAACCUCAGGGCGGGGUAUGGGCAGACCUCAUUUCGCUACAGACACCCUCUGUGAGCUCAUCGUUACCACUCCAAUAUCAAGCUCCACCACAACAGAUACCAUCAUUUGCGACAUCUGCCUCUCUACCCACUCUCAAUACGCAGCUGUCUGGGUUUCACAUGACUGGGUUCCAGCCUACUAUGGGAACCGGCAUGGGAAUGGGAUUGAAUCCCUUCCACCAACAACUUCAAUAUACUAACCCGUUCCCUCAGCAAUCCUUUACUCCACAACAAUCGGUUAACAACCCCUUCCCUCAGCAGAACUUUGUCCCGCAGCAGCAGCAAUACUUCCCGGGCCAGCCUUCGAUGCAAUCGCCUGGUAUACAGGUGUUCGCACCUACCCCGCAGCAGCAGGGUCAGUUCUCACCGGCCUCCCCCAUGGUUAUGUCCAAUACACCUCAACUUAUGUCUACGACGCCCCAGCUCAUGUCGACAACGCCACAGUUGACACCUUCCCCGGGUAUUUCGUUCAUACCUCAGCAACAGCAGACAUAUGCUACUGCAGGACCACCUCCGAUGGGCGGUGGAGCGUGGGGGCAGCCCACUUACACGAACAAUAAUAAUGGGUACACUAUGCAAGGACAAUGGGGCUCAAUGUAGUGCCCCAACAGACUACGACCUCUCUCCUUUCUGCUACUUAAAAUAAUAGUGGACCUGGCCGCCUAAUUUGGUUUUAUUUUUGCGCUUCCUUGUUUCGGGUACGCGAAGACUCGUGGAAUUUGUGGAUAUUUUUGUUUUUACGCAGUUACUCAUUUAUCAUUUGUAUCGUACAUUUCGGCAGAACAAUAAUGUUGUGUGGAAGAUUUGAUGAAGGCUGAGCCAACGUAUUGUGGUUAUUGUCGAAGCGACGUCUCAACCAGCAUUCUUUUUGUAA